AUGACAGAAGAUAAUUCAAAUGGUCAUUUUAGUCCACGAUAUAAAGCUCAAUCAACAUCUCAACUUUUAUUACCAGAUUCAAUUAGUACGAAAUCUAUUUCAUCAACAUCAUCAGCAUCAUCUCUUGCUAUGUCAAAUAGUCCAAAAAAUAAUUUAUCAUCAUUUUUAAAAAUGUCAUUAUCAAAUCGUAAGACAGCUAUAACACGACCAACAGAAGAUCGUUUUAUUAUGACAAUUAUAAAAAGUCCAUCAGUUAAUUCUCAACGUGCAUCAUCAAAUUCUUCAAGUGAAUUUUUUACAGCACCAUCAACAUUAACAACAAUGACAACGAAUGAUGAUUUACAAAAUAAUAGUAAAUUUCUUAAAAAUAAAGUUACAGCAGCAUUCAAUCAUAUGAAAUAUCGUUGGGUUGUAAGAAUGCGACCAAAUUUUCGUACAAAUGAAUCACCAAUUUAUUUUCUUGGAAAGAUGUAUAAUGGAAAAGAAGAAACAACAUCUGAUGAUAUACCUCGUCCAUAUAGUGAACAAUCAUAUUCAAAUUUUUUAAAAUCAUUUUCCGAACGAAUUUAUUUUUCAUAUCGAAAACAAUUUGAACCAUUAAAUGGUUUAAGACGCAAUGGAGAUUUAAUAACAUCUGAUUGUGGUUGGGGUUGUAUGAUACGUUGUGCUCAAAUGUUACUUGCUCAAACGUUACUUAAUCAUAUGACGAAUAAAAUUAAUUUACCUUAUUCAAAUAUUAAAAUAUCAGAAAAAUGUCCAAAACGAAAUUCUCUUGAAUAUUGUCGAAAUACUAAUCGAACUAAUCGACGUACACAUAUUUAUACUGAUAUUAUUCGUUUAUUUGGAGAUUAUCCAAAUGUUAAAUGUCCGUUUGGAAUUCAUAAAAUUGUUGAAAUUGGUACAACACUUGGUAUUCAUCCAGGUGAUUUUUUUGGACCAGUAAGUGCUGCACAUUGUUUAAAACAAGCUCUUCAAACUGCUGUUGAAUUAAAUCAAAUGCCAGAUACACUUCGAAUUUAUAUUAGUCAAGAUGCAAUUAUUUAUCGACAAGAUGUUGUUAAUCUAUGUACAGCUCCAUCAAAUUUAAUUAAAAAAAAACUUAAUCAAUCAAUUGAACCAAUAAUGAAUAAUAAUGAAAAUAAUCCUGCAAUAUGGUUAACAUCAUUACUUAUACUUGUACCAUUAAGAUUAGGUUUAAAUGAACUUGAUUUAAUAUAUGAACCUUAUUUAAAAGAAGCACUUAAAUUAACUCAAACAGUUGGAAUUAUUGGUGGUAGUCCUCGACAUGCUGUUUAUAUAGUUGCUUUUCAAGAUGAAAGUUUUAUUGAUUUUGAUCCACAUUUUAGUCAAGCAACUGUUAAUGUAUUAGAAGAUAUAUUUGAUUUAUCUAGUUAUUCAUGUUCAUCACCUAAAAAAUUAACGGCAAAAAAAUUGGAUCCUAGUUGUACAUUAGGAUUUUAUUGUAGAGAUAAAGCUGAUUUUGAAAUGUUUUGUGCACAGUGGAAUCAUAUAUGUCACAUGGCAACUGAUGAUCGACGUACAUGUCCAAUAUUUCGUAUUGAACGUGGAACAUUUCAAGAAAGUCAUACACGUAUAUUUAAUUUUGAUUAUCCAUCAUUAAAUAAUGAAGAAAAUACUAUUCUUCGUGUAACUAAAUUACCAUCAUCAGAAAGUAGUUCAUUAUUAUCAUCAACUAAUCAUAAACAAUCAAAUAAAAAUCUUAAUUUAUCAAUAAUACAAUAUUGUGAUACAUAUAAUGAUGUUGAUCAAAUAUCAAAUGAAACGAAAACAAAAACAAAUCGUAUAAGAAAGCAUUCUCUAUCUGACGAUUAUGUUUUUUUAUAA